AGUCAGAGCAGAGCUUUGAUUGUAACGAAUUUCAUCUACUGUGAGUGUAGUAUGGAGACUGGCGGCUGAGAAGUGGGGGCUUGGUGGGAUGUCUGGCCUGCGCUGAGGUACGUUUGUCCAGGGAUUCCGUCACUGGAGCAAGAUCCAUCCAUACAUUUAUUUACAGGCAUUCCCACCAUGGAUUGCCAGGAAAAUGAGUACUGGGACCAAUGGGGACGGUGUGUCGCUUGCCAACUCUGUGGGCCUGGACAAGAGCUCUCCAAGGAUUGUGGUUAUGGAGAAGGUGGAGAUGCAUACUGCGCAGCCUGCCCUCCCCGCAGAUAUAAAAGCAGCUGGGGCCACCAUAGAUGUCAGACUUGCAUCACCUGUGCUGUCAUCAAUCGUAUCCAGAAGGAGAACUGUACAGCUACCUCUAAUGCCGUCUGUGGGGACUGUCUGCCCAGGUUCUACCAAAAGACACGUAUUGGAGGCCUGCAGGAUCAAGAGUGUAUCCCAUGCACGAAGCAGACCCCCACCUCUGAGGUUCAGUGUGCCUUCCAGUUGAGCUUAGUGAAGGCAGAUGUACCCACAGUAUCCCCUCAGGAGGUCACACUUGUUGCACUGGUGAGCAGUCUGCUCAUGGUGUUUACCCUGGCCUUCCUGGGGCUCUUCUUCCUCUACUGCAAGCAGUUCUUCAACAGAAAUUGCCAGCGUGUUUCAGGAGGUUCGCUGCAGUAUGAGGCUGACGAGGCAGCGGAAGAGGAAUCUCUCUUCCCCAUGCCACCUGGCCAGGAGACCAGUCCUGAGUCCCCACUGAGUGAAAGCAUCUUUGAGACCCAGGCACUUAACCCCAUCCUGGAUGACGACUGCAGCUCGACUCGUGGCUUCCCCACACAGGAGUCUUUUACCUUGGUCUCCUGUGCCUCAGAGAGCCACUCCCACUGGGUCCACACUCCCAUUGAAUGUACAGAGCUGGACCUGCGAAAGAUUUCCAGUUCUGCUUCCUAUACUGGAGCUGAGACCUUGAGGGGGAACACAGCUGAACACUCUGGAGACAGACUGGAGCUCACUGUACCCUUUGAAGUACCCAGCCUUUCACUCUACUGAGUAACCACCCUUGGGUCCUGCUCUGCUCCUCAGGCCACACAGACCUCAUCUGCUUCCUGUGUCUUGUGAUAGCCCUGAAGAAGUCUAAAGAUAGCAUCUCCUCUCUGGAAAGUACCACUUUGGGUUCCGUUAAAGUAUGGGGGGCUUAAAACUGAACCCAGUUUCAUGAGGAAUUGUCUCACCAACAUAGAGUAGGGUAGAACUGUCAUCAUGUCCACCCCACACAAGUGAUGUUUUUCUGCUAUUAUACCUUAACCACUGGCCUAAAACCAUUUUUUGAGGGAUGGGAAGAGGAAGGAGCUAGUGAGAUUGCCCCAUAGGUUUCUAACUUGCUCUGCUCCCUCCCUAGGUCUCUUGGGCUCCUGGCAGCCCAGUCGUUCUCCCUGGACUCUUCUGCCUUGUUCCUAUACCACAACAGCAGCAGGGGCAUAGGAUGUGGU